AUGGAUAAAUAGAUAGAUAUGUAGGUGGAUAGACAGAUAGAUAGAUGAUUAGAUAGAUUACUCACCCACCCCAUCUGCCAAUAUAUAUAUAUAUCUGUUUCUAUAUAUACGUAUAGAUGCCCUGUCUUUGUGGUGUUCUUUCUUGUCAGUGAUAUAAACCCACCCUCUUAAGAUGCCAGUAGAUGAGUCGUAUAGGAAACCGGGUGCUGUGCCCUUCAAGUGGGAGAUCCGACCCGGUGUCCCGAAGCUCCACGACCCGCUCCCUUCUCUGGACAAUUACCAAUUUGAAUUCAAGCUCCGGAAUCACCACCACAAACGGUUGUCUGCAACUGUAUCCCCUUCCCCAGAAACUCCAUCUAGGCUGAAACCGCCGCCGGCUGGAUUAUCCAUCCGGUCACCUUCUAACCGGGUUGGGCAAGCCCGACCCGACGUGGUUUCCUCUGCUGGGUGUUUCCCAUCCCCUGUGGUGAAGCUUAGAGCUUUGAAGACGGGCGGGUCUGGAUCCGGAUCUGAUCCAGGAUACUACUCGGAUCUUGAGAACGGAUCAUCCCGCAGGUGGUCGUUUUCCGGUAGGAAGUCUGUGCCGGUUUCGCCGGUGUGUCAUUCCUACCGCUGGCCCGGCGGCGAUGCAGAUUGGGCCGGGUUCGGCUUAUUUUAAAAACACACCAUAUAUUAACAUAUAUAUAUAUAUAUAUAUAUAUAUAAACGUGUGCAUGUACAUGUGUGCUGCAUAGUGGAAGAAAAAAUCCAAAGUAAUUGUUUGCCUUUUUAAUUAGUUUUGAAAAUUUAAAUUUAAAUUUAAAUUAAUAUGGGAAUGGAUGUAUUUUCAGGGUUUGCUUUAAUUAUGCUAUCA